AUGUUAUAAUUUGUUCCUCAAUAUUAUGUGGAAAUCUUGAAGAAUAAUCUUCAGAGCAACCAACCUAAAAUUUAUGAAGCCAUUGAACAAUAGUAAUUAGAUUAUGCAUUGAAAUUGUUGAAUCAACAACAAUCUCCAUCUAUUUGGAUUAGCUCUAUUUAUCUUAUUUUGUACAAACAAGACUUAGAACAGAAUUCACUUAAUCAAUUUGUCAAAAUAAUUGAAGACUCAAACAUAUCAGAAAUGCCUGAACAUGAAUUAUUAGCAUUCACUUAAAUUUGUCAAUAAAUCAUGAAUAUUGAUUUGAUCAAACUCCUAUAUAAAUAUAACCUAAAUGGCUGGAUUUAAUUAUCUCCUAAAAUACAUCUAUAUUUGAGAAAAUCUAUACAUCCAAAAGUACCUUAUAUAUUUAUUAAUUACUUUAUUAAUCAAAAUAUAGAAUUACUUGAAUAACAUGAAAAAUCUUAUGAAGAAGAUUUUAUUUGGACUUUGCAUGAUUUUCGAUCAUUUUAUUAUAUGAUGCCAACAGAUAUCAAUCAUCCUUAUUAUUAACUACUUAAAAUAUCAAUUUAUGUAAGAAUGUUGGAUUUAGAAAAUGUUCCUUGUCCAAUUUCACCAGAGACUAUUCCUAUAUAAUAUCAAUCUAAAUUAGAAAACAUACUUAAAUAAAUCAUACAUACUCCACAUAAAGAAUGUUUAGAUCUCUACAUUUUUUGUCUUAUUGAUCUUGGUCUAUUUAAAAUGGUAAUUUAGCAUUUACAACCUUAAUUGACAUUUGAAUAAAUAAAUUAAAUUAGAACUUCUUUUAUUAAACAUGCAAAUUAAUCUAAUUAUAUUGUAGAUGUAGAUAUAUAUCAUUAUUUGAAUGAAUUAUAGAAUUUUGAUUAAGAAUUUAAAUAGUUAAUAUACUUUAAUAAUCCUGCUAUAUAUGAAAAAAUGGAUAAUUUUAAUGAGAAUUGGAUUUUAAAUGGACUUAUACAUAAUUUUAAUUACAUACAAAGUCAACAAGUAUUUAUUACUUUUUACUAAUUUAGAGAAUAAUCAAAUAAUUAGCUAUUGAUAAUACUCAAUAAUCUUUAAAGACUCUUUGGAUUUUACAUUUAGAUGGAGCAAAUUCUGAUUUAAAUAUAGACCAUCAAAAACAUUUUAAAAUAAAGAAUUUUAAAUUUCUUAAUAUAUUCCAUCUUAUUAAAUUCAAAAAUGAUUCAGAUUUUUAACAUUUAAUAGAAGCUUUAAAAGUUAUUGCAAUCUGUAUAUGGACAGAUAGAGAAGUAAAAUAAGAAGAUUUUGAAAAUAAACUAUUUCUUGUUUCAGUUAGAAAAUGUAUAAAUAUAGAUAAUUGUUCAUAAAUCUUUUAAUUACUUUUUGGAAUUUCAAGUGGUAUUUUUGAGAAUCAAUAUGAAAUUCACUAUAUUAAAAUAUAAAUUCCAUAUUUUUUAGAACUUAUAAUUAUAUUGUUAUUUGAACAAAAUAUUGACAAAAAUUAAAAAGAAUUUUAUUUAAAUUAAUUUAUCAUCUUAACAUAAAAUUUAGAAAAUGUCUUAAUAAUUUUGAAAAGUUAAAUAAUAGAAAGAUUAAUAGUAUAUUUAAGAAUUGAAAAUUAAUAUUAAGAUAAAAUAAUCUAAAUAUUAAUUAAUUGUAUUAAAGUAAGAUUUUAACUUUAAUAUUUAUAAUCUAUAGCAUUAUUUAUGUCUCCAUAUUAAUCAUUAAUAAUGAUUCCAUAUUUUGAUGAUUAAUAGAAAUAUGAAUAAUAUAAAAAAAUCUCUAAAAUGUUGGGUAUUCCAAAAUAGUCAAUAGAAAGUGGAUCUUUAUAAUAAUAAUAAUAUAUUUAUGAUUCAAUAAGUAAUAAUGAUUUAUUUAUCAAAAAUUCUAUACAAUUACUUUAUUGUUUGAAAGAGAUUGUUUCAAUAUAAAAUGAUUAAUAUUAUUAUUUUACUGGUAAUGAGAGUGGGAUUGUUGUAAAAGGUAAAAUAUUACUUGAAACACAAAACAAUUCAUUUUCUAUAAUACUUCAAUUCAAAUUUCAAAUAGGAUCUGCAACAUUAUUAAAUUGGGGUAAUCAAGAUAUUAAUUUUUCUAUAUCUAUAGAAGAUUCAUAAUUUUUGAUAAUUAAAUUCAAAUACUAAUAAAUAACUAAAGUAGCAAAAUAUAUUCUAAAAUAUCUUGAUAAUUUUAUUGUUAUCAAUUUUUAAACAGUAAAAUAGAUAUUUGUUAAUAUUAAUGGAAUUGAUGUAUUAGCAACUCAAUCGGAUUAAUUUGAUAAUUUUAUUUUACCAGUCUUAAAUUUUAUUUGUGUUGGAGCUAAAUUCUCAGAUUAAGAAUAAUUUUAGAAUUCUUUUAGAGGAGAAAUGAGAAUGCUUUAUAUAAUUGAUUAAAAUAUUAAUGCUGAAGAUAUUUAUAUACUCGAAAAGAAAUCAUAAAAUAAUUCUAGAUUAUUUUAAUAACUCUUAAAAAUGUAAUUGUAAGGGAGAAUUUUAUCUUAUUUAAGUACUCAAUCAUAAAAAUAAGAUCUUCAUUAUGAUGGUAAUCUUCAUUAAAGUAAUUAAAUAAUAUUGGAAAAUUGUUAAUAUUUGAUGAUAAGAGGUAAAAGAUAAAAAUAGAAUACAAUUUCUAAAUUUAUGGAUAAGUUUUUUUAAUAAAGGAAGAGUUCAACAUCACUUGAAGUAACUAGUUUAAUUCCUAAAAAUGUUAAUUAAAGUUCAAAGAAUGUUUUCUUUUUAGAGAAUACUACAUUAUUAGAUGUAAUGAAAUCUUAUGGAAAUUUAGAUAUAUUAUUUUUUCCUUUACAUAUUAUAAAUGAUCAAUAAUUUGUUAUUGCUGUUUUAUAACUUUUAAAUACAGUAAUCUAAAAAUUUGGAGAUGAUAUAUCUAUUUAAAAUUAUCUACGAUCUGAUUCUGAAUUUAAAGGAAUAAAAGUAUUAGGUUAUCUUUUAACAGUUUUUAUGAAAAAUUAAGGUUGUAAUAAAUAAUUGUUGUAGAAUAUAUUGAAUUUUUAUCAUUCUCUAUUACUUUGUUAAAUUAUAUAAGCACUUAGAAAUGAUUGUAUGAGUAUCUAUCAUGAAUUUGAAUAUUGGUAAUAUUGUCAAUAUAAUGAAUUACAUUUUUUAUAUGAUUAUUUAUUUGAAUAAUUACAAAAUAAUGAAGAACUAUACUCAUAUUAUAAAGACAAAAUCAACUGUUUAUAUUAUAUAUUACAAGUUUAAUUAAUUAAAUAUGAACCUUAAAAGGGAGAGUAUUAGAUAUUUUAAUAAAUUAGAAAAAUAUUGAUUAAAUGUAUUUUGUUUCUUAUGUACAAUACAUUCUUUUAAAUUUAAUAUAAUAAUGAUGAAGUAGUUCCUGUUUAAAUGAUAUUUAGAGAUAAAAAAAAUGAAAAAUAUUCAACCGAAAAACUAUUUGUAUUUAAAAAUGAAAUCAUAUUGUUAUUGAAUUAUAUUUCAUUAAAAUCUGUUUCAGAUUUAGCUGUUAUUUUGUGUUUUAUGUUAAGAAAACCUUAAAAUAGUAUUAUAUAAGAAUUACUAUCAGAAAUUAAAUGUGGAAAUUCAUCUGCAUAAAAAGAGUCUAUUUUAGAAACAAUGUAAACAUAAUUCAUUUAAAAAAGUGAAAGUGAAGAUACUCUAUUAGUUAUAAUAUUCAAAAUUAUAUAUGGAGUUAUCAUAGAAAUGAUUGAUUAAAAAUGUCUUGAUGAUUAAUUUCUUGCACCAUUAAUUGAGAUUCUAGUAAAAGUAUAAAUUCAACAAAUUAAUUAUGAACAUAAAUUACUUGAAUUAUAAUAACCAAAAAAUGUUUAAUAAUUGUAAAAAACAAAGGAAUGUACAUUAAUUAAAUCUCUAUUCAAUAAAAUUAAAUAUAUUCUUUAUGAAUAUAGUAAUGAUUUAAUUUGCAGUUAAAAUACUUAUUAAGUAUUGAUUAAUGUAUGAUUUUAUUUAUUAAUUAGAUUAGUUAUCAUAAUUAGUAUUGAAAUAAGAAUUAAAUUUAGAAUCUGAUGUAUUGGAUUUAUUUUUGUAAUAUUUUAGAAAGUUUAAUCUAUAGACAAAAGAAUUAAUAAUUGAUUUUCUAUUAUAGACUUCUACUUAUACUGUUUUUAUGACAAAACUUUGUGAUUACAAAGAUUUAACUUAUUUUAUAAAUGAAUUAAUUACUAUAGAAACUGGAUAAACAUUAAUUAAUUAUAUAGUAUUACAUCAUAUUGAUAAUAUUGCUUUUUCAGCUAGAAAAAUUGUUAGAUUAUUUUAAAAAGUAGAGUAAAAUAAUAAUUAAUUUAUGAAAGUACUUUAAAAAAUUCUUAUAUUAUAAAAUAAUAAUUCAAAUUAGAAAUAAAAUUAAAAAAGUAUUUAAGCUAUGAUUGAUUUAUUUAUGUUACUACCUACUAGUUUAAUAUUGAAUAAGAAUAUAGUAUUAAAUGAUCCUGAAUUAUUUAUAAAAGUGUUUGAUCAAUAUUUAAUAUACUUAGAAAAAUAAGAUAUUUUAUAUUCAUAUUAUAUGGAUACUGAAUUUGUAGGAUUUUAUGAAUAUGAUCCAAUUCCAUUUUAUAUUAAAUUAUAAAUUGAUGUAUAACGUAAAUAUUUAUAUGCUAAUGGUGGUAUUAUGGGAACUGUCUUAUUUAUAUUAUUUUAUUCUUUAGAAUUAUUAAUGUCCAAAAAAGAAGCAAAAUCUCUAUUAAUAAUUUGGAAGAAACUAAUUACAUAAAAAUAAAAGUCUCCAAAUCGUCCCAUUUAAUAAUAAUCAUUAAUUAUGGAUGAAGGGAUUCCAAAUUUAUAAACAAAGAUAUAAAAGAUUAAGAUUAAAUAAUAGAAGUAGUCAUUAUUAUAAAAGUUAAAAUAAAAUAUAUUGGGUGAUUAUCAAUAAACUUAAUAUGAUAAAUAUUUCCAAGAUAUUCACUUAAUUCAUUUAUUAAAAUUUUAAUUACUAUCACAUUAAUAUUCACAUUCAGAAUAAUUAUUUGAGAUAUUUAGUGAAUUAUAAUUCAAACCAGAUAAUUUUAUAAAUUUUUAAUGUCUUUGGAAUAUUGUAGAAUAAAAAAGAAUUUUAGGAAAUAUGGAUAUUUAAUUUCAAAUUGAUCAAUCUAAUUUAAAAUAAAUUACACCAGAUAUCAACAUAGAAGCAAUAAAUAAUAAAGGAUAUUUUAUAAUAAAUCAAUUUAAUCAAUAAAAUUAAGAAAUUUCAUAAGCCAUAAAGGAGAAUGGUAAAAUGAGUAAUGAUGCAAGAAAGUUUAUAGAAAUGAUAUAAAAGGCUAAUACAACACUUAAAUAUUUAGAAUUAUUUAAAGACUCUGAUUUAAUUAAAAGAGCACUUACUUAUAUGAAAUUAUAUGCAUAUAGAUAAUUAUAAUUUUGUUAAGAGAUUAGUAUACUUUUGAAUUUACAUUCUAUUUAAAUUUAAAAUUUAGAUUAGAUUAACAAUUAAAUUGUUUAAAUUAAUUAAUAAUCAUAAUAAAAUAACAUUGAAUUUUCAAAAUUAUCAUAUAAUUUAUUUAAUUAAUAUAGAUAAGAUUCUAAAUUAACAAUAUUAAAAUUUGAAAAUGAAUAAUAAAUUUAACAACUUAUAAUUUAAUUUAAAGUUAAAUUACAUUUUAAAUAAAAUACUUAAAAAAGAGGAUUAUGGUAUUUUAUGAAUUAUGGUGAUGCUCAUCUAUAUUAAAAUUUAAAUUAAGUUAAUUAUGAUACAUUUUUAGAAUUAUUAGGAAAAGAAAGAUAUUCUAUAAAUAGUUAUGAAGAUAGUUUAAGAAGAAGAAUGUUUUUAAAAGUAUUUGCAAAAUAAAAGAAAUCAUAUGAACAUAUCUAAUUAAUAAAUAAUAUUUAAGUAGUAUUUAAUGAUAUAUUCAACAUUUAAUAAUAAAUUUAAUAAAAUAAUAAUAAAUAUGUUGUUAUGGAAAAUCAACAAUUUUUAGCUGAAUUGAUAACUUAAAGAGGAUUUUAUCGUGGUAAAAUAAGAAUAACAAAUGAUUAUUUGAUGUUUGAAAACUUUGGUUUGGAUUUAUAAGAAUUAGAAGUUACAUAUAAAUUUUAGAAGGAUAGUUUAUUGAAGGAAGAGAAAUAGAAAUUAAUACCUUUAUCAUAAAUUAAAGAAGUAUUUACAAGGAUGUAUUUAGCAUAAUCAACUGCAAUUGAAUUAUUUACAAGUAAUAAUAAAACAUAUUUUUUUAAUUUAUUAAAUAAUAGAUCAAGUGUACUUAAAAUAUUGAGUUAAAGUGUUAAUGUAAUUAUAAAUCCUUGUGAAUAAUUUAAGAAGAGUGGAAUUAUGGAGAAAUGGAGAAAAGGAGAAAUUACUAAUUUUCAAUAUUUAAUUGAAAUUAAUAAAUAUAGUGGUAGAACUUAUAAUGAUUUAAAUUAAUAUCCAAUAUUUCCAUGGGUAAUAGCUAAUUAUUAAGAAUUUGAUAUAUAAAAUAAGGAACAUUUUAGAAGAUUAGAUUAACCUAUAGGAGCAUUAAAUUAAAAGAGAUUGGAGAAUUUUUUAGAAAGAUUUAAAGAGGCAGAUCCAGAAGAUAUGAAUAUGUAUUUCAUAUAUGGAACACAUUAUUCUCAUAGUGCAAUAGUAAUGAGUUUUUUAAUGAGAAUGGAACCUUUUGCUUCUUUACAUUAAGAAUUAUAAUCUGGUAAAUUUGAUAAAGCUGAUAGAUUAUUUCAUUCUUUAGAAUAAUAAUGGUAUUCUGUAAUAAAUUCAAGUAGUGAUGUUAAGGAAUUGAUUCCUGAAUUUUAUUAUUUUGGUGAGUUUUUAAAAAAUAAGAAUAAAUUUGAUUUAGGAUAAUUAUAAUCUGGAACAACUGUAGGAGAUGUAACAUUACCAAUUUAUAUAAAUACAAAAAGUCCAGAAGAAUUAAUAUUUUUGAAUAGAUAGGCUUUAGAAUCUGAAUAUGUUAGUAGUAAUUUAAAUAAUUGGAUUGAUUUAAUAUUUGGAUAUAAGAGUGGUUUAAAUGGUUAAAAAUAUAAUAAUUUAUUUCAUCGUUUGACAUAUAGCAGUUAUGUCUAAUAAUUAUUAGAUAAAAUAGAUGAUGAUAUCAAAAAGGAAUAAUAUAUAACAUAAGUAAAUUAUUAUGGUUAAAUACCCUAAUAAUUAUUUAAAAAAGAACAUCCAUAGAAAUCAUAAUCAAAAAUAAGUGAUUAAAGUCCUAUAAUAUAAUUUAAAUAUAUUACAUAGAUUAUUAACAAAUAGAGUAAUAUAAUAGAUUAAUUCUUUUGCAAUGAAAAAUAUUUUUUAAUUCUUACAAAUGAAUAAGAAAUCUUUGUUUAUAAUGUAGAACAUAGAAUAAUCAGUCAUAAAAUACCAAGAGAUUUUAGUAAUCAAGAAACUAAAUAAAUAUAAUUUAAUUCUAAUAAUGUUUUCCUUUUAUUUGAUGAUUCUUUAGUAGUAGCUGGUUAUGUUGAUAAUUCUGUUAAAGUUUAUUCAUUAAAAGAUCUCAAAUAAACAUGUUAAGUUUCUUUUCAUACAAAAGUUGUAACUUGUUUAGGUUAAAGUACUAACUAUUUAUUAUGUGGAAGCAUGGACACAAGAGUAUCAGUUUGGGAAUGGACCUUAUAACAUUAACCUGAAAUUAUUUUGUAUGGACAUUAAAAUGAAGUCUCUAUUAUUUAAGUUGAUUCAAUUUUGGAAAUCAUUUUGAGUUAUGAUGUUAAAGGUGAUAUCCUUUUGCAUACUAUGAAAGGAGUAUUUCUUAAAUUAAUAGAGACUUCUCUUUAAGAUUGUUCUUCAAUUAGAUUACAUCCUUCUGGAUUUAUACUCUUAUCAUUUUUAAAUUAGAUUAGUAUUUAUACAUUAUAAGGGGAACUUUACAUUUAAAGAGAAUUAUUAGAUCAUAUUAUUAAUGUUAAUGUAAUAAAUGAAUAUACACCUGAAAUUGUAAAAUUUAAAUUAUAUUUUUAGUUAAUAACUACUUUGGAUGGAAAUAUCUUUAUUACUUCAAUUGUUUAAUUGAAAUUAUCUGAUGAUUUUACAAGAUAUUGUUUGAAACAAUAUAAAUUAGAUGAGAUGGAAAUUAAAUUAGAAACAAAUUAAAUAAAAAAAGUUAAGGAAAUUAGUGGAAAAUCAGCUGAUUUCUUAAAUGCAUACAUUGCUUAUUCAUAAUAUUAUUAGUGUAUAUAUAUAUAUAUAUGAAUGUUUAGUAUAGGCAUAUCGAAUAUUAAUUAUUGGCUAUUAGAACGGAUAAGUAAUCUCAGUAUACGAACAACCUAAAUAAACUAGCCUAUUAUGA